CACAAAUUUGGAUGAAGAUUCAUUGGCAAUAUGUUAUCAAUUGAUUAAAAAUGGUAUAAAUCCUGAUGCUCUUAUUAAGGUUAUCCAAAUAAUCAAAUCCAAUGAAUGAUAGUUAGCGAUAAAACAUGGAUUUUUUAGAUUUUAAACUCCCUACACCUAUUUAUAAGUUUGAUAAAAAUGACCUCCAACAUAUAUAUGAGCCUUCAGAAGAUACCUUCUUAUUUAUGGAUGCUCUUGAACUUGAAAAAAGUUUUAUUAAAACUUUAGAACCAACAAUUAUUCUAGAAAUUGGUUCUGGCUCAGGAGUUUUAACAACAUUCCUAGCACUAAAUUUUGAUUUAGAUAAUACUCAUUUUAUGGCAACUGAUAUAAAUCCCCUUGCAUGUGUUAAAACUAGCGAAACAAUUCAUUUAAAUUAUUCCCAAUUACCUUUAAAAGUAAAAAGGCCAAAAGUUUCAAUUUUUAUUGAUGAUUUAGCACAAAGUAUAAUUGAUAGACUAAAUUAUAAUAUAGACAUGAUAAUAUUUAACCCUCCAUAUGUACCAACACAUGACAUCACAGACAAUGGUCAGAGUGGAGAUUUUAACAUUAUUAACAGAUCUUGGGCAGGUGGAUUAAAUGGCUCUGAAAUAAUAUUCAAGAGUCUAGAUAACAUUACUCGUUUAUUAACACACAAUGGAAUAUUUUAUCUUUUACUAUGUGCUGAUAAUGAUAUUGAUAACAUAAAAAAUUACAUUAAAAAUAAAUUCCACUUUAAUUCAUGCAUUGUAUUAAAAAGAAGAGCUAUAAAUGAAAUUUUAUAUAUUGUUAAAUUUUAUAAAACACAUCCUUUUAUGUAAUACACUAUAUUGGUUAA